UCACGCAUCUGACAAAACGGUCGUCAGCCUCGGGGCGGCAGGCACGCUUACCAGGUUGAUCCAGAGACUUCCGACCGCUAUCGGUGCUUCAGCGUCUGCCAGGCCCUGCUGUUGACUACAGAGGAAUUUCACCUCUGGAACCGUGUAAAAACAUUUACGAUAAUGCCCACAAUAAAACUACAGAGCUCUGAUGGGGAAAUCUUCGAGGUGGAUGUUGAGAUAGCCAAACAGUCAGUCACUAUCAAGACCAUGUUAGAAGAUUUGGGUAUGGAUGAUGAAGGAGAUGAUGACCCAGUUCCUCUUCCUAAUGUGAAUGCUGCCAUUCUCAAGAAGGUGAUUCAGUGGUGCACUCAUCACAAAGAUGACCCCCCUCCUCCUGAGGAUGAUGAGAACAAAGAGAAGAGGACAGAUGACAUUCCGGUAUGGGACCAGGAGUUCCUCAAAGUGGACCAAGGCACCUUGUUUGAACUCAUUCUGGCUGCCAACUAUUUGGACAUCAAAGGCCUGUUAGAUGUCACCUGCAAAACGGUGGCCAACAUGAUCAAAGGCAAAACCCCGGAGGAGAUCAGGAAGACUUUCAACAUCAAAAAUGAUUUCACAGAGGAGGAGGAAGCCCAGGUACGUAAAGAGAACCAGUGGUGUGAAGAGAAGUAAAGGGGAAGACCCUGCCAACACUACCACACUGAAAAGGAAUUGUCCCUGCUAACUGGUUGCACUGGCGUUGUUCAUACUUGUCAAUAUUUACAUUUAGUGUAUUUAGAGCCACAUACUCACCCCCUCCUCCCCUUCCAUCAAUUUCUGCAUACCAGUAGCAUGACCAUUUUAACUUGCCUGUGUGUUGUCAUUAAUUUAAAUUAAAAAAAGCUAUUCUGUUUCCGCACACGUGUAUUUACAUAAAAUAAUCCUGGUUUCAUGCUUUGUACCCUUAAAGAUUAGAAGUCUUUCCAUAUUUUUCCUAUUGUCAGUCGCUAUGGUUGUCUUUUUUACUUGGACAUGUUUUUUUCUUUUAGGGUUAAUUGAAUAAAAUGGCUUUUUUGACAAUGGAAAUGAAAGUGUGAAUAUUUUACUUUUUCCCUCUGUAAAUGCAUCUGUUAUGUGAAACCGUGAUCAGAGAGGAUGGCUGUUAAAGGAAAAGUGAAGUUUGAGGUCGAAAGAUGUUUUGCGUAAUGUCCUUUUGGACUCGAAGUACUUGUGUUAUCACAGCAUUGGGUUACUCAUUCCUAAUUCAUGUUGUAUUGAAUUGGAAACCUUUCUCAGAUAAACUGAUGCUGGCUUUUGGGAUGAUCAAAUAUAUUGAAGGAGUAAAUAAAACGUUUAAAAAGGUU